AUGGUAAAGCUCGCAGGAGGAUGGAUAGACCUCAACGAGAGAUACGGAGAAAUGUUCAGAGGCGACUUCAACCCCAACAUCUGCAACAAGAACACCCUCAAAGUCUUGGGCUUGACACACCAUUGCAAGGACUGCAAGGUUGCGCGGCCACAAAAGGAGCUGACGAAUCCAAAAGCGUUCUGCGACGAAUGCGGCGAGCGCUUCACGGUCUGGUCCAGGGGAUGUGGUAAACAUCCUUACAGCCACGGCUACAACAUUAUCUUCAAGGCCGUACGUGAUGACUGGCCGGCCUCGGAGAUAGAGCGACUACUGGCAACAAGUGGUAGUGUCCAGGACGAGGGCCUCGCAGAUCUAAUCGACAACGAUGGCGCCUCCCCCGAUCCAGACCCCGAGGAUGGCGAUGUUGCUGAGCUCGCUGGAAUGGUCGCAGACGCCGAUAUCAGUACGAACAGCGAAGCCAUCGAAAACUUCGACUCUACCCAAACGUCCCCAGUGCCUGAAGCCGACCCCAACGACCAAGUUGAACAAAGUGUCGCGUCGUCUCCCCCUGUCCCCACAGGAAAGACUUCCCGAAUGUCGCAAUGGCUUCCCACCGGGCUCAAGGGUAAAGACGCCAAGGGCAUGAGAAAAGCGCGUGCGGCGACCGGAAGAAAGACACGUCGAGAUACAGAAGCUGCUGUGCAGGCCGAGAUAGCUGCGGAUGAACGCGUGAAAGAUGCGCAGAGAGCCAAGAGAGCCGCCGACGUAGCCAAGAAAGCAGAGCAAGAGAAGACGAGGAUGGGAAGAACUGGCCAUAAGAAGAAGUAG